CGGAGACACGGAGCUCGUACCUAAAAGAGAGGCUACCACCAAUUUACAUGGUUGAGAAAGGAGGUUUCGUGAGCCAAGAGAGAAGCACCAUGGCCUCUCCCAUCAUGACUGAGCACGGUCUGUCUCCAGGGCCCAUCAAUGGCUGCUCUUCCUCCUCCAAACCCCAGCCCGAUGCAGGCAACAGCAGCAAGCCCUGGAGGAGUAAGUCCCUGAACACCAAGCACAGCACCACCUCCUCCAUGCUGUCCGUCAAACAGGACCCCCCACCAGGCAGCUCGCUGCCACACCCCUAGAGGUCCUCCCUAAAGUCAUUGCAGAAGUCCAUGCUGGAGAAAUUCAAGCUUUUCAACAGCAAAGGAGGCUCCAAGGCAACUGGAGUCCUGACUGACAGGCCGACAGGGCAGGAGAUGGAGUCGCGUCCCACCAGCAGUGACCACCUAGAGGAGGCAGAGGGGAACUCCCGGCCCCCCAGUGUCAUGGCGACCAGCCCCAAGCUUGCCCUGAAGGGCAUUGCCCAGCGCACCUUCGGCAGGGCCCUCACCCCCCAGAAGAGCUCUCUGAAGACUGGGGAGAAGGAGAAGGACAAGGCCAGGCCAAAGGAGAGGGACAAGGCCCGGGAGGGAGGCUCCAAGCGGGGGUUCGUCACAGAGCAGGAGGAGCCCAGGGAUGACACCAGGCAGGAGGGAGUAGGUUCAGACUCAGCAGAGCCCAAGAGAAACACUAAGAGUACCAGCCUCAUCCCAAAAGGAGGCAAGGCUGGCAGUGGAAAAAAGGAGGUUUCAGCCCCAGCAGCACACAGCGGAAUACAAAAGCCAGGGUUCAAGGCAGGGAAGACCUCAGGGGUGCCCUCUUCUGGUCGAGAUGGAGACAGGCCCAGCAGUUUGAGGGCCGGUGGGGGGGGUGGUCACUCGGUGCACAAGUGCCAGCUGGACAGCAGAAGCUCCAGCUCCUGCUCCAGCCUGGCCUCCUCUGAAGGGAGGUCUCACCAUCAACACCACCAUACCAACGGAGCUCCCCCAGUGGCCACCACAGCCAGCAACACCAUCAGUGUCCAGCUACCUCAUCCUCAGCAGCAAUACAACCACCCCAACACUGCCACUGUUGCACCAUUCAUGUACAGGUCUCAGCCUGAUGUGACUGGAGCAGACAUGAUGAUGGAGGCAGCGGGGUCACUGGAAGGUCACAGAGAGACUGCAGCCAUCAGCAAGUCAGCAGACAACUCUCAGGAGGACCUCACAGGUGAAGACCCUGAGGCCAGGCGGUUGCGGACGGUGAAGGACAUUGCUGAUCUGAGGCAGAACCUGGAGGAGACCAUGUCCAGCCUGAGGGGAACACAGAUUAGCCACAGCACCCUAGAGACCACCUUCGACAGCAGUGUCACCACCGAGAUCAGCGGAAGAGGCAUGCUCAACCUGUCCCCCCGCCCCAACCCAGCGCUGCCCUGGCGACUGUGCCCCUCCAGCCCACGUCUGCAGGCAGGCGACGCCCCCUCUGUGGGAAAUGGGUACGCAGUGGUGAUGCGGGGCAGCUCCAGUGGCAUGGUGAGCCCAGAGGAUGGGCACUACCUCCGCAGCAGGCAGACACCAGGACAGGAGAGUAACACUGUGUGUGACCUGUCAGACAAGAUGGAAGAACUGGAGGGCGUUGCCAUAGAGACCACAGGGUACAUGAGCGAUGGGGACGUGCUAGGGAAGAACAUCCACAUGGACAAAGUCACCAGUGGCUACAUGACGGAUGGUGGGGUGGGCAUGUACACACGCCGCCUCAACCGGCUGCCGGAUGGCAUGGCUGUGGUCCGAGAGACACUCCAUCGUAACAGUUCCAAGGGCCAAGGGGACGCCACCGACAGUUGGGACGACAGCAGCUCGGUGAGCAGUGGGGUCAGUGACACUAUCGACACAGAUGACAUCAACACCAGUUCCUCAGUCAGCUCCUACGUCAACACUCCGUCCGUCUCCUGCAAGGACAUAGAGGGACAGCUCCAGACAGACGCAGAGAAGCACCUGGCCAUCGAGCAGAACUCUGUGUGGUCCGGCAGCGACGAGGUCAAGAGGUCAGACGGUGUCUCGGACAACGGGGUCAAAAUGGAGUCGGGCUCCAAGUAUUGCCGCCACCCCUCAGACAUGUCGGACGAGUCGGACAGGAGCUCCUCGGGCCGCAUUACGCCCUCCGUGGCCCACACAGGCUCCUGGAGGCGGGGAAUGAGCGCCCAGAUGGGCGUAACCUCCCCCAGGACCAAGGCCCCCAUCACGCCAGGCUGUGCAACUCUGAAGACCCAUGUUACAGGUAAAACGGACGACGCCAAGGUGUCGGAGAAGGGCCAACAUUAUCUCUCUCCCCGGGCCAAGUGUAGCAUGCAGCGCUCCCCAUCAGACACGGGCCGCAGCAGUGGAGACGAGGCCAAGAAGCCCCCCUCCUCCUCCAGCUCCAGCCGCACCCCCACCACCAACACCUUUGGAUUUAAGAAGCAUGCAGGAGGAGGUAUGACCAUGGUGACAGCCAGCGGAGUGACCAUCACCAGUGGCUCAGCUACCCUGGGAAAGAUCCCCAAGUCAGUGCAGCUCCACGGGGGUCGGGGUCUUGGUCGCCAGGCCAGUGUGGAUGAUGGCUACCUACCUGUGAGCUCCCACUCCACCCUGCAGUACCGGAGCCUCCCCCGGCCCAGCAGAGCCUCUGGUGGGGGACGCAGCACAAGCCGCUCGUCCAGCACCAGCAUCGACUCCAAUCUCAGCAGCAAGUCCAUCACGCUCCAUGGCCCCAAAAGCCGCAGCCAAGUCCCCAAACCCAGCGCUGGUGGCACCCCCCUUCCUGGCUCUGGAUCCAACCAGACAGACCGGGAGAAGGGGGUGUCCUCUGAAGCCAGUCCCACAGCCCCGGGAGCCAGGCAACCAGGGGGAAAGUACCCAGACGUCUCCUCCCCAACCAUGCGCAGACUCUUCGGAGGCAAGCAGGGCAAGCAGCAUGCCCCAGUCACCCCCGCAGAGAACAUGAACAACUCCACCGUCAUCUCCAACCUCCACGCCAACUCUGGCCAGCAGGGCGGCGCUCUGGACUCCCCCUCAGCCAGUAGCGGGGGCAGUAGCCCUCUGUAUGGGGGUGGAGGUCGUCUGGGUUUGGAGGCACACUCCCUCUCCCCCCUGGCCUCCAGUCCCAGUUCAGCCCUGUCCACCCCCUCCCACAGCCUGGCCUGGAACAGCACCCUGAGCAGGGACACUCUGAGCCCCGGCUACCCCUCCCUCAGCAGCCUUGCCACCAGCAGCGAGUCCAUCGACCUGUCUCUGGGCAGCGGAGGCCACGGACACCACGGCCCUGGUCACGACACACUGCCAGCCUGCAUCAGGAACAACGGCAUCAAAACUGGCUUCUCAGACAGCCUUAGCCCUCUCUCCUCUCCCUUGGGUAGUCCCAGCCGAAACACUUUACCCCGGAAACAGGACAGGUACGGCCACCUGCCCCAGCUACGUAGUCAUGACGACCACCGGGAUUGGCUGCGUUCCCACUCUGCAGGAGGUCUUCAGGAGUCUGCCGCCAGCUCACCAUUCUACCCCACCUCCAGCCUCACCUCGCCCGGAGCCCGCUUCAACUUCUCCCAGCUUGGUAGCCCUACCACGGCGGCACAGAUCAACCUGGCAAACCUCCGCAGCGGCUUGGCCAAUCAGGACGGUUCGUAUGACCCAUACAGUGACCCCCGUCUGAGGAACUCGUCCAUGUCUCUAGAGGAGAAGAGUCGCACCAUGACCAGCUCUGGGUCCUUCAGAGAAGGCCUGGAGGAGGUCCACGCCUCCUCUGUGUCUCUGGUGUCCAGCACUUCGUCUGUCUACUCCACGCCUGAGGAGAAAGCUCAGUCAGAGAUUCGUAAGCUGCGGAGAGAACUGGAUGCCUCCCAAGAGAAGGUGUCUGCUCUGACCACUCAAAUGAGUGCUAAUGCUCACCUGGUAGCAGCAUUUGAGCAGAGCUUGGGGAACAUGACCAUCCGACUCCAGGGACUUACCACCACGGCUGAGAAGAAGGACUCUGAGCUAAACGAGCUGAGGAAGACCAUAGAACACCUGACGAAGCAGAAUACCGCAGUCCAGGCAGCCAUCAACGGUGACAUCAAUCUCCCAGAGACCUCCUGCAACGGUGAUAGGUCAGCUUCAGCCAAUGAGAGCUCCCAGUCUCACCUGGACCUGCGUAUCCACAGACAGCACUCAUCUGACAGUGUGUCCAGCAUCACAAGCGCCACCAGCCACUCCAGUGUGGGCAGCAACCAGGAGCUGGACUCCAAGAAUAAGAACAAGAACAAGAAGAACUGGCUCCGGAGCUCCUUCAAACAGGCAUUUGGGAAGAAGAAGUCGCCCAAGUCUGCGUCCUCCCACUCAGACAUUGAGGAGAUGACCGACUGUUCCCUGCCCUCCUCCCCCAAGCUAACAGCAUAUAACUGCUCCACCACCUCUACACCCAUGCUCCAGAACUCCCACUCCAACUCUCUGAUCUCAGAGUACACAGACAGCGAGGCGGAGAAGGUGAUGGGGCUCCGCAGUGAGCUCCGAGACAAGGAGAUGAAGCUGACUGACAUACGCCUGGAGGCCCUCAGCUCCGCCCACCAGCUUGACCAGCUCAGGGAGUCCAUGAACCGAAUGCAGGGCGAGAUAGAGAGGCUGAAGACCGAGAACGACUGUCUGAAGAUGGAGAGUCAGGGCAGCUGCAGCAGAGCAGCCUCACAGGCCUCAGUGGCCUCACCCUCAGCAGGCCAGUCACAGCACGGCCUCGCCCUAACAGAGUCCACCAGCCUCGACAUGCUGUUGGAGGACAACGGGGAUGGUAGCUCACGGAAAGAAGGACAACACGUCAAGGUGGUCGUAACUCUGGAUGAGGACACCAAGUGGAAAGAGGACCGUAGACCUCGUAAUUUCCUGAUUGGUUGCAUUGGUGUCAGUGGGAAAACUAAGUGGGAUGUGCUUGAUGGGGUGGUCAGACGUCUCUUCAAGGAGUACAUCAUCCAUGUGGACCCAGUCAGCCAGCUGGGUCUAAACUCAGACUGUGUUCUGGGCUAUAGCAUCGGGGACAUCCAUCGUACCAGUGGGGCUGACACCCCUGAACUCCUGCCCUGUGGAUACCUUGUUGGAGAUAGUGACACCAUCUCUCUCUCCCUCAAAGGUGUGUGUGAGCACAGCCAGGACAGCCUGGUAUUCGAGACACUGAUUCCCAAGCCCCUGCUGCAGCGCUACGUGUCCCAGCUGCAUGACCACGGCAGGAUCAUCCUGUCUGGCCCCAGCGGCACUGGAAAGAGCUUCCUGGCCAGCCGGUUGGCCGAACACAUGGUGCUGAGGGAGAGAAGUGAGGUCACCGAUGGGACCAUUGCCACGUUCAACGUAGACCACAAGUCAAGCAAGGAGCUGUGUCAGUACCUGUCUAACCUGGCUGACAAGUGUAAUAGUAUGAGUCAUGGGGUGAACAUGCCCCUGGUGGUCAUACUGGACAACCUGCACCGCAGCAGCUCCCUGGGAGAGGUCUUCAAUGGCCUGCUCAGCUGCAAGCACCACCGCUGUCCUUAUAUCAUUGGAACAAUGAAUCAGGCUUCAUCGACCACUCCCAACCUCCAGCUUCAUCAUAACUUCAAGUGGGUGCUGUGUGCCAACCAUACUGAGCCAGUGAAGGGCUUCCUGGGUCGGUUCCUGAGGAGGAGGCUGAUGGAGACGGAGAUCAGCAGCCGACAGCGCAAUGCUGAGCUGGUGAGGAUCAUCGAGUGGAUCCCUACUGUCUGGCAUCACCUCAACCGCUUCCUGGAGUCCCACAGCUCCUCGGACGUCACCAUCGGGCCCCGCCUCUUCCUGUCCUGCCCGAUGGAUGUGGAGGGAUCCAGAGUGUGGUUCACAGAUCUGUGGAACUAUUCCAUCAUUCCCUACAUGCUGGAGGCUGUCCGAGAGGGGCUGCAGCUGUAUGGGAGGAGAGCUCCAUGGGAGGAUCCAGCACAGUGGGUGGUGGAGAGCUAUCCCUGGGCAGCCAGCCCCCUGCAGCACGAAUGGACCCAGCUGCUGAAGCUCCGGCCAGUGGACGUGGGAUUCGAUGGAUACUCCAUCUCCAAAGACGGAUGUCCCAGCAAGCAGCUUCCCCAGGGAGGCACUAACGAAGACCCCCUGAUGAACAUGCUGAUGAAGUUAAAGGAAGCGGCUCACUGUUCCGCCAGCACUCAGAGCUACGACAGUGACUCCAACAGCAACCAGGAUCACCAUGACAACACCGUGCUGGACUUAUCACUGGAGUGCACACUAUGAGUCUCACUGGGGCAGAUAAUACUCACUGUGGCUGGGACACAUCCUAACUUGAGAUACCUUUGUGUUAAUCAUCCAUUGACAUCAAUGGGAGACUGAUAUGAGGUUAUGUAUUUGAAGAUGUAUUUGAAGUUAGAAUUUGGACCUAUUGAUAGUUGGAACUCACUACUUUCCAAAAAGGGUUCUUCAAAGGGUCCUCCUAUGGGGACAGCCGAAAAACCCUUUUAGGUUCUAGAUAGCACCUUUUAUUCUAAGAGUGUAGGCCUUACAGGGCUAAUAAAUUCCGGUCCUGAAGGGAUGAAAUACUUCUGUUUUUUUCAUCCUCUCCUUCUAAUUCAGAUCUGGAAACCACUUGAAUACAAUUAACUACCAGAUAGAAACAAAAAAACGGAAAUGUUUCUCCCCUCCAGGACUGGAAUUUAAUAGCCUUGGGCCAUACUGAGUGCUGGUAACCCAAGAUAAAAAUCCCAGUCAAAGUUCAAUAACCUGAAUAAUUUCAACUCAGUCCUCUACUAUUUUCAAUGUUUAUUAGGAGUCUGUUUACAAUCACAGGCAAAGACAGUCAACCAUAUAAAUAAAUGACAAAUCUUAUGAGACGUCAAACCUGUUGCCUUGACUGUGACCUAACCUAGGCUAUAGCUCAUGAGAUGUCAACCCGGUUGCCUUGACUGUGACCUAACCUAGGCUAUAGCUCAUGAGAUGUCAACCCGGUUGCCUUGACUGUGACCUAACCUAGGCUAUAGCUCAUGAGAUGUCAACCCGGUUGCCUUGACUGUGACCUAACCUAGGCUAUAGCUUAUCAGAUGUCAAACCGGUUGCCUUGACUGUGACCUAACCUAAGCUAUAGCUCAUGAGAUGUCAACCCGGUUGCCUUGGCUGUGACCUAACCUAGGCUAUAGUUUAUCAGAUGUCAAACCGGUUGCCUUGACUGUGACCUAACCUAGGCUAUAGUUUAUCAGAUGUCAACCCGGUUGCCUUGACUGUGACCUAACCUAGGCUAUAGUUUAUCAGAUGUCAAACCGGUUGCCUUGACUGUGACCUAACCUAGGCUAUAGUUUAUCAGAUGUCAACCCGGUUGCCUUGACUGUGACCUAACCUAGGCUAUAGCUUAUCAGAUGUCAAACCGGUUGCCUUGACUGUGACCUAACCUAGGCUAUAGCUUAUCAGAUGUCAAACCGGUUGCCUUGACUGUGACCUAACCUAGGCUAUAGUUUAUCAGAUGUCAACCCGGUUGCCUUGACUGUGACCUAACCUAGGCUAUAGUUUAUCAGAUGUCAAACCGGUUGCCUUGACUGUGACCUAACCUAGGCUAUAGUUUAUCAGAUGUCAAACCGGUUGCCUUGACUGUGACCUAACCUAGGCUAUAGUUUAUCAGAUGUCAAACCGGUUGCCUUGACUGUGACCUAACCUAGGCUAUAGUUUAUCAGAUGUCAAACCGGUUGCCUUGGCUGUGACCUAACCUAGGCUAUAGCUUAUCAGAUGUCAAACCGGUUGCCUUGACUGUGACCUAACCUAGGCUAUAGCUUAUCAGAUGUCAAACCGGUUGCCUUGACUGUGACCUAACCUAGGCUAUAGCUUAUCAGAUGUCAAACCGGUUGCCUUGACUGUGACCUAACCUAGGCUAUAGCUUAUCAGAUGUCAAACCGGUUGCCUUGACUGUGACCUAACCUAGGCUAUAGCUUAUGUGGUCCAAACUGAGUAGCAAUAACUGGAUAUACAUUCACUCAGCUGCAUAGAGCUUUUUUUAAUUUCUUUUUUAUUUCACCUUUAUUUAACCAGGUAGGCAAGUUGAGAACAAGUUCUCAUUUACAAUUGCGACCUGGCCAAGAUAAAACAAAGCAGUUCGACACAUACAACAACACAGUUACACAUGGAGUAAAACAAACAUACAGUCAAUAAUACAGUAGAAAAAUAAGUCUAUAUACAAUGUGAGCAAGUGAGGUGAGAUAAGGGAGGUAAAGGCAAAAAAGUCCAUGGUGGCGAAGUAAAGACAAUAUAGCAAGUAAAACACUGGAUUGGUAGAUUUUCUGUGGAAGAAUGUGCAAAGUAGAGAUAGAAAUAAUGGGGUGCAAAGGAGCAAAAUAAAUACAGUAGGGGGAGAGUUAGUUGUUUGGGCUAAAUUAUAAAUGAGCUAUGUACAGGUGCAGUAAUCUGUGAGCUGCUCUGACAUCUGGUGCUUAAAGCUAGUGAGGGAGAUAAGUGUUUCCUGUUUCAGAGAUUUUUGUAGUUUGUUCCAGUCAUUGGCAGCAGAGAACUGUAAGGAGAGGCGGCCAAAGGAAGAAUUGGUUUUGGGGGUGACCAGAGAGAUAUACCUGCUGGAGCGUGUGCUACAGGUGGGUGCUGCUAUGGUGACCAGCGAGCUGAGAUAAGGGGGACUUUACCUAGCAGCUUGGCCUGUGUGCAUUUUCUUAGUGGAGAGGCACACACCAUGGUGGACAUAUGUUUUAUGCUUAACUUUCAAAUGAUGCCUUGCUACUUUUAUAACAACGGUGGUAACACGCAUGCCUUUAAUGAACAUGAUUUCUAUAGAGGCUGUGCAGAGUUUAGGUGCUGGCUGCUAGCUUGUUCAGACUUUGAUGAAAACACAUCCUUUCUGUGCACCUAGCGGGUAGCAAAAAGGUCUAGGCUUUUGUUAGGGAUUUUUUUAAAUCAGUGAUGCUUAUAGGAUUUUUUGGUGCUCUGCUUGGGAAAAUGUAAAUUUAUUGACAGAAUUGUUUAAAUAUAUAUUACCUCAUGAGCGUUUCAAACAGUAUCCCAACCGUGCUUGUUUGUCUUUUAUUCAGCUCAAAACGGAGCGCAAUCCCUGCAUGAAAUGUUUCAACCCAGUGUUGCUCUUAUAGAGGCACUUAGGACAUGUGGACCCACAUCGGAAAGGUCCCAGUCUAGAAAGGAAUCAGAGCGACUGCAUGGCUUUGAGACAGAGGCUGGCGUGUCUAGUCAUUCACUCUGGAGAAUUAGUACCAGGACCAUUUGCAUCAAGUGUUAAUGGGAUUCUCAGUGUUGCUGUAUUGGAGUGACUAGAAUUGAUUCCCUAAUAAGAUGGAGUUUUUUCAGUGGCUUAUGCUACUAUUAGGCACCACUUUGGUUGCUCCCCCUCACAAGGUCCCCAUUAUCUGCCAGUGUUGUUGCUGUUCAUCCUCUGAGUGUUCUUAGAAACAAAUGCUAUGCAAAUUUCAUUUGGAAUUUUUUACUAAAGCCAAAACAAAAAUCACUUCCAUUUUUACGUAUUGUCAAAAGUUGUAUUGUAAGUACAUUGAUCUGUGAAUAUUUAUGUGAGGUUUGUAUUUUCACUACCAUAUCUUACUGGAUUGUAAAGGGUGAUGCAAGCACAAAUAGAAAAUGUUUGUUUUUCUUUUCUUGGUCCCACAAAGUUUGGAUGUUGGAAUGUUGUGAAAAAGUUGUGCUAUUGAAUCUAGUUGUUAAUAAUGAUUUGAUAUGUGCAUUUUGCUUAUGUAAAAAAAGUGUUUUUAAAUAUUUUAUCUGAAUCCCACGUUUUGAAAACAUUUUCUAGAAAUCUUGUACAGAAAGAGAGUAGUCAUUUGUGUACAGUUUGGUUUAUAGAUUGUAUGUUGUUAAUAUGUUGUCAAUAAUUUAUGUGAAAUAUCAUGAGACUGAGAAUAAAUCUGGUCACGAUA